ACCUUAAAGCGUUCUUCUCCGCUCAGUUAUUCACCCAGACACGUGCUGGUCUGUUCCCCCCUCUCCUCUCCUCUCCUCUCCUCUCCCCAGCCCUGCUGAUUCUAACCACCUCCCUAGUCUGGCUUGUGUCGCACUCCCCAGUCUGUCACACCAGGCUCCGGGAAAUCUGACGUGUUUUUCGCAUUUCCUGCACCAGAGAGAGACGGAGACAGAGCAGCGUCGGAGGGGGGAGAGGCAGCCAGAGGUAUGUCCACGGGAAGUUAAAAUUAACAGCAGUGGCUGAAACAAGGCCGUGCACCGAGGAGCAUUUACCUACAUUACCUACCUACCUACCUACCGCCUGAAUCUGCCCCUCCUCUCCGCCUCUGCAGCGGUGCCCAGCCGCUGUCUGCUCGCCGCGCUCCGGCGGCUGCCAGCACUCAUCUGGAGCCUCCCACCUCCACCACUGGCUCCUGCUUCCACGGUGCCCUGCUAACAGCUAACGGAGUUUUUUAAUUCCUCGAAGGUAAAAAAAAACAUGACAGAGCGAUUCACAUCUGGGGCCUUUGCUCGUUUUUUUGUGGUGCUAACUCUGCUGUAGCUGUUCAUGUUUCUUCCGUGCACUUCUGAGGAAGGCUCCCCCCGGCUAACGGUCGUUGUCUCUGUUGCUGCAGUUCAUGUUUUCGGGGGGGGAUAUUUGCAGCAUAUUCGACCAGACUUUUUCGAUGGAAUCCCAUUGCUAGGCAACAGCCUGGCCCCUUGUUAACUUCCUGUCAGUUGAUGUCAUUACAACUGUGGAAUGGCCUAUAGUCGUUUUAAGGCAAGUUUUACAGCUUAUUCGGACCAAAGCAUUUUUAAAAGGCGUCGCAGUUUGCGUUUUUUUGUCGUCAUAUUCAACUGGAAGGAUUUUACAGUAUCUGCCUGGAGGACCACCGGUUGAACGGAGCCGUUAUUGAAACCGUUGCAGCAGUGCAGGCUACAGUUCUGUGAAGGGGUGGAGGAGAAAGGUGGGGUCUUUGUAUUGUAAACAAGUCCCAGUUCCAGUAGGCUAGAGAGCGUAGGGACCGUUACACUGCCAUGGUGAUCUUCAACGGGCAGCUGAAGAUCAAGAUCCGCGAGGCUCUGGACCUCAAACCGACGGCUCUGUCCCUGCGUCACGCCGUCGGCCCCAAGACCCAGACCUUCCUCCUGGACACGUACAUCGCCCUGAAUGUGGAUGACUCCCGCGUGGGUCAGACCUCCACCAAGCAGAAGACUAACAGCCCCGCGUGGAACGAUGAGUUCACCACGGAGGUCCUCGGCGGCCGCAGGAUCGAGCUGUCCGUCUUCCACGACGCUCCCAUCGGCUACGACGACUUCGUGGCCAACUGCAUCAUCCAGUUCGAGGACAUCCUGCACAACGGCGGCAAGCACUUCGAGAACUGGAUUGACCUGGAGCCAGAGGGGAAGGUCUAUGUUGUUAUUGACCUAUCAGGAUCUUCCAGUGAAGCUCCAGUGGGCUCUGCCGAGAAUGAGGAGCGCGUGUUUCGGCAGCGGAUGCGUCCCAGGAAGCGGCAGGGUGCCGUCCGCCGGAGGGUCCACCAGGUCAACGGACACAAGUUCAUGGCCACCUACCUGAGACAGCCCACCUACUGCUCCCACUGCCGGGACUUCAUCUGGGGUGUCUUAGGAAAGCAGGGCUACCAGUGUCAAGUGUGUACCUGUGUGGUCCAUAAGCGCUGCCAUGAGCUGAUCAUUACCAAGUGUGCAGGAAUGAAGAAGCAGGAGGACACAGUCGAGGAGCCGCUCGGCUCGCAGAGGUUCAGCGUCAACGUGCCGCACAAGUUCAGCAUCCACAACUUUAAAGUUCUCACCUUCUGCGACCACUGUGGCUCUCUGCUCUGGGGUCUGCUGCGACAGGGACUCCAGUGUAAAGUGUGUAAAGUCAAUGUACACAGGCGCUGUGAGAGUAACGUAGCUCCUAACUGUGGCGUGGACGCUAGAGGAAUCGCUAAAGUCCUCUCUGACCUCGGAGUCACGCCAGACAAGAUCUCCAACAGCGCCCAGAGACGGAAAAAGCUUCCUCAGGGUCAGGAUCCGCAGCAGCUGUUAUCAGGGACGCCUAACACAGAAGAGGAUCGCUCAAGGUCCGCCCCCACCUCACCGUGUGACCAGGACGUGAAGGAGCUGGAGAACAUCCGGAAGGCUCUGUCGUUAGACCACCGCGGAGUGGAGCACAAAACACACCCGCUCUCCUCUGCCAUAUCUGCUGCCUCGGUAACAGAUGAGGGUCAUGAGGAUGGGCGAGUCGGCAGCGUCGGAGUGGAGGGCGAGGAAGGGCAGGAGAACGGCAACGUCAAAGGUCACGCCGCUCCGCAAAUCAAGAGGAUGAAUUUGCACGACUUUGUGUUCAUCAAAGUUCUCGGCAAAGGAAGCUUCGGAAAGGUGAUGCUGGCGGAGCUGAAGGGCAGCGACGAGGUCUACGCCGUCAAAGUGCUGAAGAAAGACGUGAUCCUGCAGGACGACGACGUGGACUGCACUAUGACCGAGAAACGGAUCCUGGCCCUGGCCAGAAAACACCCCUACCUGACACAGCUCUUCUGCUGCUUCCAGACUAAAGACCGCUUGUUUUUCGUGAUGGAGUACGUCAACGGAGGUGACCUGAUGUUUCAGAUUCAACGGUCCAGGAAGUUUGACGAGGCCAGAUCUCGUUUUUACGCGGCCGAGGUCACGUCCGCUCUGAUGUUCCUACACCGGCAUGGAGUCAUAUACAGAGACUUGAAGCUGGACAACAUACUGUUGGAUGUCGAGGGACACUGUAAGCUGGCAGACUUCGGGAUGUGCAAGGAGGGAAUCCUCGACGGUGUCAGCACCACCACCUUCUGCGGGACGCCAGAUUAUAUCGCACCUGAGAUCCUUCAGGAGCUGGACUACGGCCCGUCGGUGGACUGGUGGGCUCUGGGGGUGCUGAUGUAUGAGAUGAUGGCGGGCCAGCCGCCGUUUGAAGCCGAUAAUGAAGACGACCUGUUUGAGUCCAUCCUCCAUGACGACGUCCUCUACCCCGUCUGGCUCAGCAAGGAGGCGGUGUCCAUUCUCAAAGCGUUCAUGACUAAGAGUCCUACCAAGCGUCUGGGCUGCGUGGCGGCACAGGGUCUGGAGGAGGCCAUCAAGUUCCACGUGUUCUUCAGAGAGAUCGACUGGACGCUGCUGGAGCAGAGGAAGAUCAGACCGCCGUUCAAACACCUCAAAACCAAAAGGGAUGUGAAUAACUUUGACCAGGACUUCACGCGCGAAGAACCCAACCUGACGCCAACGGAAGCCAGCAUCAUCAAGCAGAUCAACCAAGAUGAGUUUAAAGGAUUCUCCUACUUUGGAGACGAGACUGUGGCCUAGACACACCCCACACACACACACACCACACACACACACACACACACACACCACACACACACGCCGCGAUAAACAACAUACACCAACACACUUCAACAAAGAUCUAAUAUUUAAAGAGAAACACGCCCUUCUGGAAACAUCCUGAACUUUUCCAGAUUCUGACUACUCCAGGAAUUAUACUACACUAUCUGUAUCUCUCUUUUUUAUGGUUUCCGUGCUCUUGUUGUUUGUCCAUUGGUGCAUAAUCCCAUCAAAGUAUAUGCUCGAGCAGCAUGUAAGCGCAGGUCAGAUACUGUGAGAAAUGCUCCUUCACUCGGACCGCAUGGAUGUCUGCUGCAGGUAAAGCAGUGGAUAAAACCAAACUGUGUGUGUGUGUGAGUGCGUGUGUGUAUGUGCGUGGGUGUGUGUGUGUGUGUGUAAGAGAGAGAUAAUAUACAAAUGUGCAUGCAUGCAUAGUCGAGAGAAAGAGUCAUUUCUGUACAUGUUGUGCUGAAUCCUGUGUCUGUCUAUGUGUCUAAAGAAUGUUUUUUGUUGAACCGAUGAUUGUAUUUUAAGAAAAAAUAAGGUCCUGGAAAGUAUUUUAUUUAUUAGAAAAAAGAGAUGUCAAGGGGACAUUUUUCGGAAGAAACUAUGAUGGAAUUUGAAUUUUUGUCAGUGCUUUGUUUGAAGUUUAACACUCCAACUGGCUCAUUAAAUGUUAACUCUAGAUGAUGGAACACAAAGCGACACUUUCACAUUUUGAAAUUUGAACUUAAUUUUAUCUCAGCAGUUUCCUUUCUUAUUAGAGAGAAGAGUUAUGUGCGCUGUUUUCCCUUCUAUCUCUCUCUCUCUCUCUCCAUAUUUUUGCUUCAUAGUACAUUGAUUUUUCCCCUUCUUCAUUAAAACCAAAUGGUACCAUUAGCCGUCGGCUAACACACCUGCAGUAACCUACCACUGGGAGCGUCCAUUGUUGUACUGAGGUAUGCUGCAGUGUUAACGAGCUGUCUUCCAUAAGACUUGAGACUUGACAUUAACAGUUUUCCAGUGAAGCCAAAUAACUGAAAUCUAAAAUGUCAGAGAAGCCCUUUAAAAAGUCUGAUUUACUGAAACUCUCUUCUGAAGCGAAAUGUCUCGGUCACCUGCUUAAGUCCUUUCAUGACCACUUGACCAGUGAAAUGGCUUUGUGUGUGUGUGUGUGUGUGUGUGAUAAAUGGGGUUGAACACCAAAACCUGGCUCCAAAUUUGAAUCAAUUCUAAAAUUCCAAAAAUGCCAAGAACCGGGUAUGCGUAAAAAAAAAAAAAACUCAUUUCAGUUCUGCACGUACACAUGGAGCGCUUUCUGGACGGGACGACGCAGCGCAGUGCGAUGCAUUUUGUUUUAUUUAGGCCAGGUUUCCCAAUUUGGGGCCCGCGGGCCAAGUUUGGCGCGUGCUCCGUUAGUGUCGGCCAAUGUGCAUGCCUAUGCUUAUUCUCCUCUCUGUAAGACCAGCACGCCCAGAAUGCACCUGAACACACCUCCCUGUAAGACCAGCACGCCAGAAUGCACCUGAACACACCUCCCUGUAAGACCAGCACGCCAGAAUGCACCUGAACACACCUCCCCUGUAAGACCAGCACCCCAGAAUGCACCUGAACACACCUCCCUGUAAGACAGCACGCCA